UUUUAAAAAAAUAGGGCCUAAAAUAAAAUAUUGUUUGUUUCCCCAAUCCCGACCGACCUGGAAAAAUCGCCGCGACCGGAAUAAUUUUAUUGCCGAUUUUGUGUAGAAAUUUUUUUUAUCGAAAUUCAUGUGGUGGUGCGGUGCUCCUAUGAAAUGGAGGAGUCAAAUACAUAAGACAUAAGAAGGAGACGCUGUUCUUCAAAGCGCCUUUCUAAUCGGCAAAGUUGAAAACGCCUUGAUGACGCGACUUGGCUUUCUUCUUCCACGUGGUCUCGGGUCUUUACGAUAUUCUCUAGAUUGUUCAUACAUUUAAAUGUCAGAACAUGGACGCUGUUCUGUCGGUUUCUGUUGCCGUUUAUUCGGCUGGAAACUUUAAGAAAGACUUGGUAACAAAUGUGUUGCGCAGAUUUUCGAAGAAGGAAAUAUUUGAAGACAUAUGUGAGGACGUGAUAGCCGAUUUAGAAUUGACUGAAGAGGAGGAGGAUGCUCUUGACAAAAACACAUCCGUGUAUCCAUUUCUGAAAAAAGUGGUUCUACAGAAAUAUUUAGUCCACACUACGGUGAUGACAUGAAACUGGCACUAGACUUUAAUAAAGACUUUAAGUUUUUGAAAUUUUGCAUUGACAUUGAUGGGACCUCAACAGAAAAAGAAGCCUCCUCCUCAAAUAUUGUCAAUACCUUUGACAAAAUGAUGGGAGCCAGUCAAGCUGUCAACAAACUUCCUAAGCGAAAAGAAGAAGCUAUUAACAAGUUUACAGGUGAUGCUCUUGAAGGCGUGGUGAAUGUGUGCCUACAGAUAGACUGUAAUACACAUGUGGAAUUUAUGUAUUAUGCCUCUACCCUGGCACAGCCCGAUAUCUGUGCAGCUGUGGGGGCAACAAAGGACCAAGAUGCCAUUAAAACACAUCGUAUUGUUCUACCAGUUUGCAGAGACUGUGUCAUUAUUGGAAAAUUACCACCCAAGAGAAACCCAAUUAAAUAAAUUAUUUCAAAUUAUACAUAGAGUUUUAUUUAAUAUAUCUCACAUGAAGAAACUGAUAGCUUGAUACACCCUAGAAUUUAAAAUACUGCCCUAUAAUGAUGGUUUGUAAUUUCCUAUUUACAAGUACCAAAAAAAACAAAUUUACCAAAAAAAUAAAAUAAUUUACCUACCUACCUACCCACACCUGACUUGAUAGGGUCGGGUUUGGGGAAACAAACAAUUAUUUAUUUUUGGCCUAGCUUAAAG